AUCAACAGCUCGAGGAACAGCAGUCAACAACACCCCACCCGGCGAAAACAUCACUCAAGUUUCAGUAGAGGUGGAGGGGAGGAUCGGUUCUUUGAGAGAUAUACCAAGAGGCUUUUCUCUUCUUAACCAUCUCCCUCACUUCUUCAUCUGGGCAUAUUAGCCAAACUCGUUGGCAGGUUUUGCUGGUCUGUCCCCCACUUUUGCAGCGCACUACGUGGUCACUUCUAGCAGUGACACCCAUCGCCACGAUUACCAUUGCCUCUUCGGAAAUACUACUUCACCAACUCUCACGAGACGCGCCGUCCAUACGCACUCCCCAGUUCCAAGGAUGCCAUUGACCGACGAACCUCCCCUCGUCCUGUCACUGCACUGGUCGGACGGUGUCACAACAUGGCAGGACGGCGCAAAUGGUCCAACAGAUGAAAUGCUAGAUACAUCACCAGAUGGCAAAGGCGACCGAGACUACUUUCGCCCCGUAGAGCGCAAUAGCCCCAAGGGGUUUCACUGGCUUCAGAAAUUAGCGAUGUGGUUAAUGGAAACUCAAGACCCGGAGUACUUCAAGGGGAGAAGGUUUAUUUUGGCUGAUCUACCAACUGGCUACCGGCUCUACGAACAUGUUAGGGUGCCAGGGCCCGUGAGUUCUAUCCCUGACCCUUUUUGCCCGGCCCCUUCAGGUUUUGACUGACCUUGCACAGAACUCAAUGACAAAGGCGCGUACGGACACAUACCUCUACGGCCAUCCUAAAGGUCCCCGAAAACGCUUCAGAUCGAUUGCGGAAUUUAAACAGCACUUUCUAUGGUUGGCUUCCGACACGGAGAGGAACCCCAAGAACUGCGCGUGCAAGAUGUGCUGUGGGAAGGGUGAGGUUACUGCAGAGCCAAUUGUGGAUAGCUCGGCUCAAACCUCGGCUAUGAGCACAAGGGGCGCUGUCGCCAGAGAGCGAGCUGCUGCCACCGUGCAAACCGCAUCACCUAGAGCAAAGGUCACUAGGAGAACUGUCGCGAAUGCAGCCCUAGUUGUAGCAGCCCCCGCCCCGGCAGCUCCCACAGCUCCUCACCAAUCGACGGCCACAACAGUCAGCACUCGCUCGAGCAGCUCUACACCUACCCUCCCGACCCCUGUCCCGUUCAAUCAGCACCAUAUGUCCUCUUCAUAUACCGCUGCGGAACGUGAGAUUGAUGCCACCCGAAGUGAAGACAUUUUCCGCCCCGGUGAGCUAGUUUGGUGCCACUGUACGGAGGCUUGGUCUUUGGGCGUUAUUGUAGCCCGACCCGCCCCGCCCAAGUCGCCCGGUUAUACUGUCCAAGUUUUAAAGUCUCCAUUAGAAGCUGAGAUGUCUAGACCCUACCCCAGAAUUACACUCAGAGGAUUAAGGCCUUGGCUUGCCUGGAGCACUCCCGAAAUCACAAUACCAUCCCUGCGCCUUGUCCUGGAUUUUGAAUCCGUAAAUUGGCAGCAAUUCCGAGAUAUUCGCGGUCUUGAAGUUGACGCUAGCAUUUUAAAGUCAAGGGAUAUCGAUACGUCUUACUGUCUAAUAGAUAAGAUUGACUACCCCUAUGCGAAUUUCUAUACCGGCGUCUUCUACGGAGCCGAGAAGAUCUGGAUAGGAGAGAUUGUCAGGUUGAAAAGGCACGCGGCGCCGCAUGCAAACUUGACAGGCCUCGAAAUCAUGGUAGUAGUGAGCAUUCAAGACCACCGAAAACAGCCCCCAAACAAGACAAGAACCGGCAGCACGGACAUCAUGAUACAGGGCGAUAUCUACGAAUUCGUCACCUACCCAUCAUCCACCUCGCCGCCACCACAAAUCCCCCAGUGGCUCCCGCCAAGACUAAUCAUAGAAACCAAACUCAAGAACGAAGCAACCUCGCGCGCCCAAAAUCCAACAGUGGGUACCUGGCGCUGUAUUCAGAACGGGUACUCGGUAAAACUGGAGGACAUCAAGGGGAGGUGGUACGAGUCCUCAAUCCUCAUACCGGAACUCAAAGGCCGUCACAAAUUCCAGCAAGAUGUGCAAAGUGGGAAAUGGGAUGAAUUGGCAACUCAGAUGAAUGAGAUGGGAAACGCAGGGCAGGCUUCUGCUCGUGGAUGGCUGAGGCACGCUAGGCGGGAUGAGGCCCUCACGAAAGCCGUCCCCAGAGGCUUUGUCCUCGAGAAGGAUCCCACCAUGAAUAGCCAGGGCGUGCAACCUGGAUUUGCGGUUCAGGUCCCGGCGCAGCAGCCCCCAGCUGCAGCGGGCCCAGCAGGAAUGGUGGACUUGACCGGUGGAGAUGAUGACUAUGCGCCUCAGGAGGACCAACAACCCAGCGAUGAUGAGGCACUCACAAGGCAGAUGGAAGCGGAUGUCGCGAGUUUUUUUAGAACGGAACCUGUGGAUUCAUUUUACGGCAGCUUGUAGGGGGCAGUGAGAUAUCUUUUCUCUUUUUUUCCUUCCGCUUUUCUUUCCCCCAGGUCUACGAUAUUCCCUACAAGAGACUUAUCUCUACAUGUUCGAGCGAUUCGCGCGAUUUUAAAACUCUUACCCCCAUAUGUAUUACCACACAUUUUCUUUUAUCUCUUCACCUUUCUUUCUUCAUUGCUUCGUCACAGGGAAGGCUAGGAGGAUCGGCAUCAGGUUAGAAGCAUGUGGUCUAGUUCUAGGGAUACGUUUUUAUUAGCAUUUUAUUCCACCGGGGUUAAACCGCUUCUUUUCUCCCCUUCUCUAUCUAUCUAUUCAACUUCCUUUGCUCAUGGGAACGGACCUGGUGGAGAGUUAUCAUUCGAGGGCGUUAGAGCUAAUAGAUGUGUUUAAAUAUGCCUGAUUCAAGUUUCCAUUUCCUCCACAAUGAAAGCUUCCGAUAGAAGCGCACCUUUGUGAAAUUAUUUUGACCCUGAGCUACUGUUUUGCCUACCCGCUCAUCGGCCACAGUACCGUGGUAUCAUACCUUUUCUUUCCCUGGUGUACAAGUAUCAUACGAUAAUAGUGCAUAGAAUCCCGGCGCCCUUUCACGGGUUGCCGGGAAUCGGGAUUCGUCAGUCCCAAACGGGGGAUAGCCGACCAAAGCUAGCAACUCCCUCGGGACAAGGGUACGACGGUGUGAUGUAUACGGUACCGGUAUCUCUCGCCCCCCCCAAUAAGGGUGUGCAGGUGGAUAUAACACCCCCCAGCGGUCCGACGAUGAAGGUCUUGCCCGACGCUCGAAAAGAACCGUACAAGAAUGAAAA